AUGAUCAAUGCACAGGACAAGGAGUUGAUCAAACGGGCAAUCCCCAAGGCCUCCAAUAAGAUAUUGGCGGCUGCCGUGGCGAGAUUGUACAUCGCCUAUCCGGAACCCGACCAUUGGACUCCUACGGGACUCACAGGCGCCAUAGUGUUAGUAGACGACCUUGUGGGCCAUACCUUCUUUUUGAAAUUGGUGGAUAUUGUGUCGCACAAGGGAGUUUUAUGGGAUCAAGAGCUGUACAUUGACUUUGAAUACAACCAGGAUCGUUCGUUCUUCCACUCUUUUGAGUGCGAGGAGUGCUAUUUUGGACUCCUGUUCGAGGACAAAAGCGAGGCCACGAGUUUUUACAAGAAAGUCAAAUCUCGCGAUAAACACGGCUCCAAACAGACCGUGCAGAACAAGCACGGCGUCGAGCUGAAAAAGGGACCCACCCAGGUGAACAAGAUCGGAUUUAGAGGCGACAUGUCUGGGCUCGAAAACGAGCAGAGAACAAGACGCACUAAGGGCCUCAUUUACUACGAGGACGAGCCUCCUCCAGAGUGGAGGUCACUGUACAGAGAGCUGGAAAGUGUGGGAAUCACCGAGGACAUGAUUGCAGAAAAUAGAGAAUUUAUCAAAAACUACAUUGCUCAAACAGGGGGCCCGCUGGUCGGCUUGGAGCCGCCAAUUCCUCGCAAAUACCAGUACAAGUCGGCCCAAAGGUCAACGAGCGGAACUAACAGUACGAGCACAAUAACCAAGAAGGCUCCACCGCCACCGCCUCCUCCAGCAGCCCAGAAAACAGCGUCCACGCCGGAUCUGCCCAAAAGCGAUCCUCCUUCGGCCAUUCCUUCGACCAUUCCUUCGAGACAGGACACCCCGGUGUCGGAUCUCGAAAGCCCAACUCCUCAGGUGACAGCUAGUUCUGCUCCUGCGCCCACCGUAACUCACCCAGUUCCUCCUCCUAUGCACCACAACGUCCCAGCCCUUGACUACAUGCCAAAUUCAGUCAGGCAACGCCAGAGCCAGGAAGCGCCACUUCCACCUGAACCACAGCAGCACAGAGGAGUUCCUCUGCCUCCUCCUAGAGCCAAUGCGGCUCCUCCACCACCUCCUCCUUCAAGAAACCCAGUGCCUCCUCCACCUCCAUCAAGAACACAACCACAGCUACCUCCAAGAGAGUCUAGGCCAGCGCCAGUCCCGCCUCCCCCACGCAGAGGCCCUGCGCCACCUCCACCUCCUUCCAGAUCGAGACCGAUCCCUGGACCACCUCAGACAUCGUCUCCAACGACCACCCACCCUGUCGUUUCGCCACCUCCUCAGCUUCCUCCUCACCAUCCAAAUCCCGUGCCAUCAGCCCCUUCGCUGCAUCAAUCUCAGCAAGAGACUCAAUCGCCGUACACACACACCUCUUCCCCCAUCCCAACAGCUCCUCCACCACCACCUAUGCAGCCAGCUACCGCUCAACCUUCGCAGUCAGCUCCCCCUCCACCUCCAUUUUCUCCAACAGCUCCUCAAUCCGGCUCUGUUCCUCCUCCACCUCCUCCUAUGCCUCCUGCUAACGACACCGCAGCAAGUCCUCCUCCUGGUGCUCAGCUCGAUGGCAGAGACGCUUUGCUAGCCUCUAUUCGUAAUGCAGGUGUCAGCUCUCUGAGAAAGACAGACAAAUCACAGCUCGAGAAACCAAAUGUACUGCUUCAGGAGGCCCGUGGCGAAGCGCCGAAGCAGCCUGCGUCGACGGCUGCUCCAGGCCAGCCAGCCUCGCUUGCAGACGCUCUUGCCGCUGCUCUCAGCAACAGAAAGGCCAAGGUUGCAAACAGUGACGAAGAAGACGAUGGCGACUGGUGA